UUUUAGAAUUCAGUUUCAGUUCCAUUUAUACCAUCAAUAAAUAUGCUGUUAUUUUGUAUCUAUAUGGUUUCUUUUUUCUUUAUCUUAAUCUGAUUCUUGAAAACUGAACAAGGGUUCUUUUUUGGGACAGAAAAAAGAUUGGAUUUUUAUGCUUGGGGUCUUGUGAUCUUGGAGGUUUGAAGAAUAAUAAUUUUGUAUGUUUAGAUAUAUGAUGUUGUACAGUUCUUUCAGUGCUUGGAUCAGUCACUUUCUGGCUUGCAUGGGAGCAGAGGUUGCUUUGGUUGCUAUUCCAAAUCUCAACCAAUUACUGCUGUGGAUGAACCAUCUAAAGGACUACGAAUACAAGGAAAAUUGGUGAGAAAACCGAGUAUAUCAGAUGAUUUUUGGAGCACCAGUACAUGCGACAUGGAGAUUAGUACUGUUCAAUCCCAGAGAAGCAUGUCUUCCAUCAGUAUCUCAAAUCAGAGCACUGGCAAUGCCAGCAACAACAGCGAAUUCGUAAAUCACGGCUAUCUUCUUUGGAACCAGACAAGGCUUCAGUGGCUAGCAAGUAAAGAUCCAGAGAACCGAAGACUAGCUGAAGAACCGAUGUUAAAUUGGAAUGUGUCCUAUGAAAGCUUAUUUGGGACUAACAAGCGUUUCGCUCAGCCAAUUCCUCUCUCGGACAUGGUCGACUUUCUUGCUGAUAUUUGGGAGCACGAGGGUUUGUACGAUUAACCAUGCUGAUCCGAGUUGUGUAUUGAUUUUCUUCGCGUUUAUCUGAAAAUUUUCUGGUUGUUUUAACCUCUGAAAAAGAAUUGUGUAUAGUUUCCAGAAUACAGGGACUGGCAGAGGAUGCAAAGAAUGUUUAGAAAACAAAGAUUUUAACUGAUAGAAAAUGAGAGGCUAAUAGUGAAAGAAACAUUUAUAUAGUGGUUGAAUAUGCUUUGUAAAUCGGAAGCUAUUUUACUCUGCAUAACUGAAUUAUAUUUUGCUGUUUUACUAAUUUGGUCAAAUUUGAUUUGCAUUUAUAUAUUUACUUAUUUCGGAAUC